AGGACCCAGGGCAACAGUGUCACGCAGCUUUACAAAAAGCUGCAAGAGGUGCACAGUGCAGCAUGGACAUGCCGUACGUUUGAGUACUUCACUGCCUGUGAGCCUUUCGCUGACUCCUCCAUCAUUGAACCUCCAGUGUUCUCUGAGCCUCCGCCCCUCCCGCCCCUCCCUAAACCCAAGUGGCUGUUGUCUGUGUAUGCCAGGGACGUCCUCUCGCGGCUACCCGAGGUCAAGGCCAAAAUAACCUCCGUCUUUGGCUCCGUCCUCAAGGUGGAUUCCACCAAAAGGGUAAAAAAAAAAAAAAAAAAAAAGUCAAGUUUGAAUGAUUCUGUGAGUGUGCAUUUAUCUUAUAUUUUUGUUACAUUUGUUUAUUUCACUGUUUUUUUAUAUAGGUUACCAAAAAACUUGCCGGUUCUGCUGCCAACACUGCUGGCUGGUGCACUAACGUGGGCAAUGAGCACGGCCAGGUUUUGGUGUCAGUGCUCACAGCUGCAGAGGGGCAUGGACUGUGGCCUAUGGCAGCAGGUCUCAUGAAGAGGUACAGGGAGGCAGGAGUGGCACCACCUGCUAUCAUGUACGUGGACAGAGACUGCUGCAGCCCACAUGCACAUGGACAGUCUCAGGUAAAAGCCAUGUUUGCAGAGUGGAAUGAGCUCCAAGUGCGCCUGGACAUUUGGCACUUCAUGAGGCGUUUUGCAGCAGGGGUCACAACGGAGGCUCAUCAGCUCUAUGGCACCUUCAUGGCUCGACUUUCCAAAUGCAUCUUUGAGCUGGACCCAGAUGAUGUGGCUGCUCUUCGGCUGGCCAAACAGGGGGAGCUACUGGCCAGAGGAGUUCGUCCAGUCUCAGAGAAGGCCCUGGAUAAGCUGAUCAGCCGGAAGGAGUUGGCGCUGCACUGCCGCAAGAGGACCAGAGGAGUGGAGGAGACCACCAGGAGGAUUAAGGCGCUCAUUGAUGAGAUGGACAGUGAGAAGGGGAGGGACACUCUGGGAGUACCACUGCUGGACCACGAGCGUAUCCAGCAGGUCUGGAUAGACCAGCAGAGACACAUCACCUGUAUUCAGGACCCAGAGCGCUUCCCUCUGUACAUGAAGACAGGCACACUGAAGAAGGGUGGUGUGGAGCUCUGCUGCUACCGGUGUGCUCGUGGCUCCACUUCGUUGGAGUCCUUCCACCUCCAUUUAAAUCGCUUCAUCCCAGGUGGGUUAUUUUUUCAGGCAAACUGCCAUUUUAAAGUUGACGAUUUUUGUUCUGAAAUAUAGAGUACAUGUAUUUUAUUUUUCUUUGUUUAACCUCCAGGGACCAGUGCCAGUGACUCGCACUUCCAGGCCUAUCUCCUGGAAGGCCUGAUGCGCUGGAACGAUGACCGGAUGGAGGAGGCAGUAAGGGGAAAGUCUGAUCUGAGGACCUACAGCAGCUCUGAGAGGGAGGCAAUGGACCAGCUGAGCCGCAAGGUCCUGAAGAGGUCCUUGGACGAGCGCUACCGACCUCCUGGGGCAUACACAGGCAAGAAUUAUUAAUGUUAACUCAGAUAUGUUAACAAAAACAGAUGUAUUAUACAGGUUCAUCCUGAAAUACAUCUAUGGGAUUCUUAUUUCUUGCAACAAAACAUUAUCACUAAUAUGGAGAGUUUGAGUGUGUAUUUCAAUACUUUUUUUCAAAUACUUCAUUAUAGUAAGGUGUAUUGUACUUUGUAUGUGUGCUCUUUUGCAGGGGAGCUGAUAGGUAUGGAAUACCUGUACAGUCAGUCAGGUAAAUCCCUGACUGUCAUGGAUAACCAGGUGGAAGAGGAUCGACUGGUGGAGCAGAUGGAUGAUGAGGAGGUGCAGGAUGAAGGCUUUGUGGAGGAGGAACCUGAGGACAUCACAGUGCCCGUCCUCUAUGACCCCUCUGAGACUGUCCCAGUUCACAGCAGUAGCCCCCAGGCCUUCAACCCCUCUAACUCUGCAUCAGGACCACCCUCACCACAGCCAUCCACAUCCAGCCAAAGCCUGCCUCCACCACAGCAACCUCCUGGGCCUUCUCCUCAACAUCCUGCCGGGCCUCCUGUGCACCCUCCUCUUCAGCACCCUGCUGGGCCUCCUCUGAACCCUCCUACACAGCGCCCUGCCGAGCCUCUUCUGGACCAUCCUCUGCAGCACCCUGCCGGGCCUCCUCUACACCCUUCUGCCGAGCCGAGUGCAGCCUCUGACCCUACAACAUCAACUGGGUCCAGUGAUGCACUCCAGGCUCCCGUAAGUAGGCUACUCAUUGGUACUUUUUAUUUGCUUUUUUCCUUUGAGAUUUCACAUGCUGUUUUAUAUUUUAAUACUUCUUUUUUGCAGGCUGCAGUUCUUGGACCCGAUGGCAUCGCUGGGUGGGAUAAGGUCCAGAAUUUGGCCGAGUACCUGGUGUCCAUCCGUCAGGCACUCUACCUGGACGAGCAGCAGGUCACAGAGGUCAUCCGCCUGUGGAGUGCUCUUCCUGAUGGGGACAAGAGGAGGAUCCAGCAUCAGCCCAGACACCAGCCCAAGCUCGCCCACGGACGCUUCAAGGCCCCCAUGAACACAGGAGUGACACCGGGUGUGGACAGUGUGAAGAGGUGCCUGAUUGGUCAUCCAGGAGGGCCGGCUCAGUGGCCCAGCACUAGUCGCUUAGUUGAGGCCAUGUGCAUCAAGCUUUGUGCACUGCACAAGUCUCCAACUAAGAAGGAUGGAGUCCGCCUUCCUCGGUGGACAAAGGUGUUAAAUGACUACCACCACAUCCGAGACCUGGUGCUGAACUGCCACACCCUGAUGGAGGCCACCUCUCUUCAACUUUUUGUACUGAAUCAGAGGACUCUUACUCAGUGGUUUAAUCGAAGGGAGAACACCCAGGAGCUGAGUGUCCUUACCCAGGGUCUUGCUGCAGAAGACCGCAUUGCUGUGGCCACUUCACAGCUUCCUGCUCCGCGGGAAAGGCUGAAUGAGGCUCCCUCCACAUCAGGGCCCCGACAUGAGUUUGUCCUUCCUCCAAACAGAGCGGGACAGGCUCUUAAGCUGCGGCCGGGCAGACGACCUGCUAGUGCCACAGUUGUUCGGCCCAUUGCACCAGCAGCUCCUCCUCCUCCUCCUCCUCUCCCAGCUCCUGCACCACUGCCCCCAUCCUUUAUAGUGAACCCUGUGCCGGUGGUCAUGGGAGCAAGUGCAGGUAGCCCCUCUGCAGCUCCUGUCCUGGCUCCAACUCCAGUGUUUCCUGCUGCACCAGUAGCUCCUGCUCCCACUGCCUCUGUGUCUGUGUCCCGCUUCACACAGAGGAACAGGCGACGCAGGGCAGAAGAGGAGGCCAGUGGAGCCCACAAAAGAAAGUAUGUGCGUAAUGUGGCAUUCAACAAGUGCACCAAGUGUGGGCAGCCCAAAACAAAAGAGUUUGGCCAUAGCCGCUUCGGGAGUGCCACUUUUUGCCCCACUUUCUCAGGUGGCAAAUCUUUAGAGGAGUGGCUGGCAGAACAGCGCCAGCAGAAGAAACCAGGAAACCCACCCCCCUAAUCUGGAGGUGGACACACACUUGUAAAUAUAACCAUAACUAUGUGUAAAUACUGUUGAUAUUGUUUAUUUGUAUAUAGUUUGCAUGGUGUUGUCUUUAUUUCAUUUAUAUUACUCAGUAUACUGUAUUAUAUUUCCACAUUGUUUAUUGUUGUUUAUUGGUGGAAGUGUGUGAUGUCUUUACUUUGUUUUUGUAAAUAAAUGCUGUUCAAAGAUUCCUAUUCAUCGCUUUGCUUUUA